CCUUGUCCAUUACAACAUCCCACAGGAGCAGAUUAAAAGAAAGUUUGAAGACCAGACACGCUCAACCAACUGUUAAUUAAAAUGAUGAUGACUCAUAUUUUUACUUGCAUCUUGUUUGUGUUGAUGUGUCGUUCAAGUAAUGCUGCAUUUACAGCGACAUUACCCACUGGUGGUGCUCAUUAUUAUCCACUCAAUGGUAUCAUCAGAUACAACCAAGUGCUUCUAGCGGAUUCUGAUUACAAUAGCGGUUCGGGUGUUUUUACUCCUUCAAAGAAUGGUACUUACUCAGUGUCUGUUACCAUGAUGUCAGGCACUGUAAGGGCUCACCUUACUCUGAGAAAGAAUGGUGUUACUUAUGUGUGGCUUUAUACUGGUAAUGAAUAUGAUAUGGCAACCCAAAAUGUCAACAUGGAUCUGAAAACAGGCGAUCGGAUUUGGGUACAAAUGACCAACACGGCAAACUAUCUCUUUGAUGUUUAUAACACUUUCAGUGCAGUACUGAUACCUUGAUGAAACAAUAGACUAUACAGUCUUACGUUUGGAUCCUCAUUAAUAAGCAGUGAAUUCUAUUAAAUAAAAAUACCAAUACUGAUA